AUGAUGUAUGAAGUGAUCCUAACUGGUUCUAUGGAUGGUCCCAUGAUAGCAUUUGAGGCUUCCACAGGCGCCAUUCUUGCUCAGUUCAUAGGGAGUCAAUCACCCUAUUGCGGCUUCACGAUGACAUGCAAAAAACUCAUUGCAACAUCUCAUGUGUCUUUAGAUAAAGGUUCAGGCUCAAUCCACAUCUACAAUUGGGACACUUCAACUGUCUUCCACAAUAUCCCUCUCCCCGAAUCCGUCACUCCACUUAUAGCCAAUUCAGAUGGUGAUUUUCUAUUUGCAGGUGGUGUGUCAGGGAGUAUCCACUCCCUGUCACUUCCUUCUGGAGACAUCAUCGAAUCAUUUACUCCUUACUCGAAACCUGUUUCCAGCCUCCACCUUAGUAAUGAUGGAUCACUACUGAUUUCAGGUUACAGUGAUGGAACUAUUAUUGUGAUCCCAUCUUUUAUGCUUGUUGACGGUUCAUCUUCAUAUAGUGACCCAAUCUUACACAAAUGGAAGGCACAUUCUGAUUCAGUGAUAAGUUUUAACACUGGAAUUGGGAUUCAUACAUGUACAUUUGUUUCAUGUUCGAUGGAUUGCACGUGUAAGUUUUGGAGUUUAUUAAAUGGUAUAACUCUAAUUCGAACUGUGACAUUCCCAUGUUCCAUUUUUGGGUUUGUUAUGGAUUCUACAGAGUCAUUGUUCUAUGCUGGUGGUUCAGAUGGGUUUAUUUAUAAAGGGCUAGUGAAGGUUGGGAGCAUUAAAAUGUUAGAAAAAGGAAAAGGUUAUGAAUUAGUUAAUUGGGGUAGUAAAACAAAAAACCAUCAAGGGUCAAUUGUGGCUUUGGUUUUAGUGAAUAAUGGGAGAAAUUUGGUGUCUGCUUCAAAAAAUGCAAGUGUUUGGAUGUGGGAUGUUGAGGAAGGUGAAGUCAUUAUGGUUUUGGGGAAUGCUCAAAUAUUGAGAAGCGUUAGUGAUAUGAUAGUGGUUAAAGGGAUCAAUAUUAUAGAGAGAAAUGAGGGUGGUGAAGGUGUUAAUAGGGGCUUAAUUAGUUCUUCUAGAUUAUGUGAUGAAGAGAUGAUUAGGACUCGGAUGAAACUUAGUGAGGUUGAAAAUGUGAUGGAUGUCGCAGUUCAUGACCAAGGAAGCGCCAUUGAUAUGCUUGAAUCUACAAUUGCAUCUUAUGAGAGACUAUUGAAGCUUAUUCUAAGGGAAGUUACCAAAACUAUUGAAGAGGCGGAUCAUGAAGAUGAAGACACUGAUGAUAAAGGAGAAAAAGAUUAG